AUGACCGAUCGCUCUAAACUAAGCUUGUCGGCACCUUUUCCUAUUUCUCUACGAACAUGUAAAUAUUGUGCUUUCCCCCAGUCCCUGUUACAACUGCACGCGGUGGCGGAGAGUCAUCACGACAACCACAUGAUGGACUUUCUGGAGUCUGAGUACCUCAACGAACAAGUGACUGCUAUAAAAGAACUGGCCGACUACAUUACUCAAUGCGAGCGAGCCGGCCCUGGUCUUGGCGAGUACAUGUUCGAAAAGCUGACCUUCAAGGAGUAG